AGUUAUUAUACACAUUUAUAGUUACAGAGAGAGAAAAACAACUUUAUUAUAAAUAAUGAUCAUCCUCUAAAAUUGGGUCUGAAAUGUUCCCUCACACGUCUCCUUCUAUCUUCUUCUCCACUUUAAAAAAAAAAAAUAUCCGUCUCACUCUCUCGCCGCCGGUAACAUUUCCCGGCGACAAAACUUCUCUACUCUCACCAUUCCUCCAUCGUAAUCUCUAAAUUCUUCUCCAUUCUCUUCUUCCUCCCGAUCAUCUCGAGCUCUUCGUGAGAGAUUAUGUGAUUAUGUAAUCGUUGUUGCUGUAGAAGACGAUCUCUAACAACUGAUUCCUUCAUCAUCACCUUCGCUAGAUUUGUAAUUUUCAGAGCUUGAGAUGUUGGAUCUUAACCUCAACGCUGAUUCUCCCGAGUCGACUCAGUACGGUGGUGACUCAUACUUAGAUCGGCAGACAUCAGACAACUCCGCCGGGAAUCGAGUGGAAGAGUCCGGUACAUCGACGUCGUCAGUUAUCAAUGCCGAUGGAGACGAAGACUCUUGCUCUACUCGAGCUUUCACUCUCAGUUUCGAUAUUUUAAAAGUCGGAAGUAGUAGCGGCGGAGACGAAAGCCCCGCCGCUUCAGCUUCCGUUACUAAAGAGUUUUUUCCGGUGAGUGGAGACUGUGGACAUCUACGAGAUGUUGAAGGAUCAUCAAGCUCUAGAAACUGGAUAGAUCUUUCUUUUGACCGUAUUGGUGACGGAGAAACGAAAUUGGUAACUCCGGUUCCGACUCCGGCUCCGGUUCCGGCUCAGGUUAAAAAGAGUCGGAGAGGACCAAGGUCUAGAAGUUCACAGUAUAGAGGAGUUACUUUUUAUAGAAGAACUGGUCGAUGGGAGUCACAUAUUUGGGAUUGUGGGAAACAAGUUUAUUUAGGUGGUUUCGACACUGCUCAUGCUGCAGCUAGAGCUUAUGAUCGAGCUGCUAUUAAAUUUAGAGGUGUUGAUGCUGAUAUCAACUUUACUCUUGGUGAUUAUGAGGAAGAUAUGAAACAGGUACAAAACUUGAGUAAGGAAGAGUUUGUGCAUAUACUGCGUAGACAGAGCACGGGGUUUUCGCGGGGGAGUUCGAAGUAUCGAGGGGUUACGUUACACAAAUGUGGUAGAUGGGAAGCUAGGAUGGGGCAGUUUCUUGGUAAAAAGUGAGCAAUUUUGUUCUUUAAUAUGAACUUUUUGAUUUUAGAAAGGGUAUGAAACUAGGAAUGGUGUCUAAGUAGUGGUUAGGUGAUUAAGAUGCUUGAAUUGCAGGUAUAUUUAUCUUGGGCUGUUCGACAGCGAAGUAGAAGCUGCAAGGUUCCUUAAUGAUCAUUGUUUGAUAGAAACCUUUAGUAGAACUUCACUUUGUUUUUAUCAAAGCCAACAUGAAGUUUCUUUCUUUCUAAACAUUUUCUUGACAACAGGGCUUAUGACAAGGCUGCAAUCAACACUAAUGGUAGAGAAGCAGUCACGAACUUCGAGAUGAGUUCAUACCAAAAUGAGAUUAACUCUGAGAGCAAUAACUCUGAGAUUGACCUCAACUUGGGAAUCUCUUUAUCGACCGGUAAUGCGCCAAAGCAAAAUGGGAGGCUCUUUCACUUCCCUUCUAAUACUUAUGAAACUCAGCGUGGAGUUAGCUUGAGGAUAGAUAACGAAUACAUGGGAAAGCCGGUGAAUACACCUCUUCCUUAUGGAUCCUCGGAUCAUCGCCUUUACUGGAACGGAGCAUGCCCGAGUUAUAAUAAUCCCGCCGAGGGAAGAGCAACAGAAAAGAGAAGUGAAGCUGAAGGGAUGAUGAGUAACUGGGGAUGGCAGAGACCGGGGCAAACAAGCGCCGUGAGACCGCAGCCACCGGGACCACAACCACCACCAUUGUUCUCAGUUGCAGCAGCAUCAUCAGGAUUCUCACAUUUCCGGCCACAACCUCCCAAUGACAAUGCAACACGUGGUUACUUUUAUCCACACCCUUAACUUGUAAGGGGACAUAUGAGAGUUUUUUUACCAUCUCUCUCUCUCUCAACACUCUAGUCCCCUUUCAAAAAUGUCAUUUGGGUUUUAGAUUUUUCACAUACAAUGAUCAAUUUUUCCAAAUUCAGAUGAGAAAAUGUGUUUUUUUUUACAUCAAAAUUUGGUUUGUUGAGAAAAAACUUUAUCAACUAAAUGGUAAAAAAAAUGUGUAUGUUUGUGGUAAAUUUUAAAUCUUCUCAAAAUGUCUUUACCUAAUAAGGUUUGUUUAUGUGAAAAUAUGUUUUUUUGGUAAGAGGACUCUUGAAAUUUGGAAGGUACAAUUUGUAACAAAAAAUAAAAUAUGAGGAUGAAGUUUUGUCGUUUUAUGUGAAGGUUUGAUAGUAUAAGAUAUUUUGAUUAAAAUAACACUGUUGAAAAGAACAGUAAAGAGAGAUAGUGAUAGGUUUUGGCUGCCUCUUCGGAACCCCGAAACGAUUUGGCAAAAACAUUACAUUCUUAUUUGUAUACAUAUUCGG